GCGAUCAGGACUAACAAGAUCACUACUAGUACAAAUCCCAGUGAUUCUUCCACGUCGUCCAUUCAUAUAAAUGGGGUCUCGAGAGCAUCGCACUGCGCAGUCUUCACCAAGAAGUCGAGAACUUUACUGACCGUGAGGAAAGUGUUUAUUUUUCGAAGCGAGAUCUCCGUCCAAGAUGAAGGCAUUUUUGUGUCUCCUUGCUCUAGGGAUUUUUCUCCAUAUACACGAGGGACAAGCAAUUUGGUGCCCACCGGGCUUUGAAUCAUUCUACGUGGGUCCAGAGUCGCCGGAGACAUGCAUAAAGUUUGCAAUGGAUGUGAAGAGAGAAUGGCACGAGGCCAAGAGUUACUGCGAGUCAUUAUUACCUGGUGGUUACCUGGCUAAAUUAGAUGAAGCAAAUCUACACUGGACAGUCAUUAGCUACAUUCGCAGCCAUCCAGAGAUGUUAGACGAAGGAUUCCACAUUGGCUGCACUGACGAGGUUACCGAAGGAACAUGGCUUUGGACGGACGGAUUACCUGUAGAAAUGUUUACUGGUCACUGGUAUCCAGGCCAACCUGACGGAGGACAAAAGGAGAACUUUGGCUGUCUUUACUACGAUGAUUUCUUGUAUAGUUCUUGCGUCAACGGGCAGAGACUCUAUACAAUAUGUAUGUUUUAACAUACUUUACUAAACAGAGUAGUGUCCAGAAUGGGAUAAAACUUAUUGUAGAUUACCCUAAAACGCCCUUAAAGCAAGUCUUUACCCAUCUAUAGGCUUACUCUUCGAACAGAAUUACUUCCAACAUAAGAUUAUUGGGGAUAUUAAGUCGUGUUACUGAAAAUGAACUUAAUAAACAAAACAGUGAUGAGAGUAGAACAAUACUUUAGUAGGAAGAAAACACCUUUUUUUCGUAAAUAUCGAUCAGGAUGUGUUUUAUGUAUAUCCUUUUAAAAUUUGAUGGUCUGGAGCGUA